AUGCGGUUCGAGUCCCAUCAGGGCGAGGUGGGAGGCCGGGUGGCGUUGAGUCAGAUCCUUUUCUCAUCUCGUCGAGCUGUGGAGCAGCAAAACCACAAAACAACAUUCACUCACAUUUACACACGCCUCUGGCCACGUUUAACUUUGGCAGGGCGUUUGGCAGUCAAGUGGACAGACCCUGUGCCCCUGGAAGACCUUCGAGAGUGGGUGAACUGCAGUGCAAAGACACAAACUUACCGGUUGGCAGCUGAACUGUUGAUAGUUGUGCUAACAGCUUCUUUCAACACAACCACAACCACAAAGAGAAACGCACAAAGAGACACACUCACACCUUGUAAACGGAUCGUCAGGAUGGACGUCGGAAUGGCAGGAAUGCAGGCAGAUGAAGCAGAUCAAGAGUCCGUCAGACUUUGUACACUUCUACUUACGCAGCAAGCCACACCAGUUCGUCUCGUGGCAGCAGCGAAAGUUGUAAUUUUGCGCCAAAAGUGGGCCAUUCUCCUGCGCAUAAAUCGCGACUGUGUCCAUGCUAAGUCUGCUCUCCAACAAGAGGUUGCGAAGGAAAUUGCUCAUCCCAGCUCGUCUGUUAGUGGCGUUGUAAUGGGAGAAAGUUGA